AUGACGCAGUCCGAUCGAUACAGAGGUGAUGCCCAUGAGGAGCGGUUACUGGAACUCCAGCGCCUCCAACUGCAGCGAUAUUGGCCUGCAGAGUUUCAUGUCGUCGACCGAAACUGCUUGACUAUGGUUCUCGGAGUCAUUCGAAUCCACCACAUCUUGACCGCUGCUGGUUUCCAAUAUUGGGACGCGUGGAAUCUGGCACACCCGGUACUGAAGCCCGUCGCAAAGAUCUUGCGGUCACCACUCAAACGCAAGCUAGCAAUUCUCGAUGAGAAUCGCCGGAGAAUUCUGACGAACAUGGUGCUCAGCCAAAACAAGGUUGAGAAAGCUAUGCAUGCCGUCAUUGAGCUGCAUUUCCAACUCCUGCACCUGGGCAGGACCAGGCAUAUUACGACGUGUCCGGAUAUGCGUCACAAUAUGCUCCAGAGGUUGCUCGAGCGAUGUAAGAAUCGCGCAGAUUUACAGCUUGAACCUUUCCGGGUCAAAAAGGGUAGGCGUGGUGCCCUUCGGGUCGUCAUGGUGGCUAGUGGCUCUGCGCAUACAACCGGAGGGCGUGGCCGCGAAACGUCAGUGCAUCCACCAAUAACUGAAGAGGGUAGUCGCGAAAACCCAAUUUGCUUAAUGGAGGACGACUCAGCUGUCUUGCGUCAGGAGCACGAGACGAUGAGCGAGUCUUUGAACGCUUCGAAUCCAGAAUCAAGACGCAGCGUAUUCACGGAUGCUGGGUUUGUGGACAGCGAUAUUACGGACGCAGACCUCCUCAUGCUGCAUCAGUUUGACACGGUGCAAAAAUUUGUGGUGAUACCGGAGCCCGAAGACUCGGGCUUGAUGGCUGAUUCUCGGAGUGAAGCCCAGUCUACAAGCGGCCCGCCAACGUCAACUGCUCGUAGGGGGACUGUCUCUGGUCCUGCUGCUUCGAAGACACGGGAGAGCGCCAGCUCCUCAAUGCAAGAGUGUACAAAGGCAGACGGCCAGUCAACCCCUCGAACAAGCCACGCGCCAGCCAUCCCUACGUCGCCGCUCGAGUCAACGCACACCAGCACCAAGCUGUGUUCUCCUAUCGCCCGAUACGUCAUCGUCGCCGUCACUGGAAGCACCUGCUCUGCCCACGGAAACACCAGCACCAGAAGUCACCUUACCUAUGGAACACGCUCAAACACGUCGUUCGUCGAGACGCUCCACACAGGGCAACACGAUUUUGAUGUCGCCUCCGGCAUCAUCCACUUCUACUCGCAUCCAUAAGAAACCUCGAAAGCAAGCUUGUGAUACUCGCAGACAGCUUCAAAACUCUACAGGGAGCACACCAAGUUGUACUGCAAGAGUUUCGCAUCCCCACACCACUCCGACUGGUCCACUGUCAUCAUCUGCCGCGGCGAUAGUGCCAAAAGUGGCGCGAAUUUACCCAGCGCCCUCUAGCCCAGCGCAACAGCGUGAGCAUAGGCUUCAUGGCGGGAUAUCUGAUGAGGACUGUACAACAAUACCAUUUCUUUUCCAAAAUGAUAUAGAUAACGUUCUGCCAUAUUGGGGGCUUCAUCGAGAGAUCGCAGCUCUCAAGUACCUGGUAAGACAGGGUGAGGCAGAAACUUUGGGAGCGACUGGUCUGAGAUAGUAUCAGCUGUAGGUAGACUGGCUGGCAAACCUUGCUUAGCCUUAUUUCUUGAGGCUUGAGAUAGCUUCCGUCAGGGGACUUACAUAGGCUUGGGGAAAAAAAUAGACUAACUUCAUUGA